UCAUUCGAGAAUGGCUAUGAUCCAUAACCCCACGACUUCUCCACUCUAUUCUUCAUCUUAUUCUUCUUUCUUGAGUCAUUCUAACUUCAAUUCACGGAAUCAGAACGUCUCUUUGCCAGCGAAAAGCCUUGGUGUUUGUAAAUGCGUUGAGACACCUCAAGAAUUGCAGACUGGUACCCAGAAAUCUUCUCUAUGUUGCUACAGGACUAAUGUCUCUCGCAAUGCAAACAUGGCUAAACUUCAAGCUGGCUAUCUUUUUCCAGAGGUUGCAAGAAGAAAAUCUGCACUCUUGCUAAAGCACCCAGACUCAAAAUUGAUAAGCUUGGGAAUUGGCGAUACUACUGACCCUAUUCCUGAAGUCAUAGCUUCUGCAAUGGCAAUGAAAGCAAAUUCAUUAGCUACGGUUGAGGGUUAUCGUGGUUAUGGAGAAUAUGAAGGUGAAAAGCCAUUAAGAAGGGCAAUCGCUUCAACAUUUUACAGUGAUCUUGGCAUAGAGGAAGAUGAUAUAUUUGUCUCGGAUGGAUCAAAAUGCGACAUAUCUCGUCUCCAGGUUGUCUUUGGCUCAAAUGUGAGGAUGGCAGUGCAAAACCCAUCAUACCCGGCCUAUGUAGACUCAAGUGUUAUUAUGGGUCAGACUGGCCAAUAUCUGAAGGAUCCUCAGAAGUACGGGAGAAUUGAAUACAUGUGGUGUAGUCCUGAAAAUGGUUUUUUCCCUGAUUUAUCCUCUGUUUCAAGAACAGAUAUAAUAUUUUUCUGUUCACCAAACAAUCCUACUGGUGCUGUGGCCACAAGGGAGCAACUAAGCAGACUAGUUCAGUUUGCUAAGAAUAAUGGGUCAAUAAUAAUAUUUGAUUCUGCAUACGCAUUAUAUAUAUCAGAUGACAGCCCACGUUCCAUCUUUGAAAUCCCAGGAGCCAAAGAGGUUGCGAUCGAGACUGCAUCAUUUAGUAAAUAUGCUGGAUUCACUGGAGUUAGACUUGGGUGGAGUGUGGUUCCAAAGCAGUUACUGUUUUCUGAUGGUUUUCCUGUUGCCAAGGAUUUCAGCCGAAUUAUGAGUACUUGCUUUAAUGGUGCAUCCAAUAUUUCCCAGGCAGGGGGUCUGGCUUGCCUUUCUCCAGAAGGUCUCAAGGCUAUGAAGGAAGUCAUCGCAUUUUAUAAAGAGAACGCAAAGAUAAUAGUGGAGACAUUUGAAUCGCUUGGUUUUAAAGUAUAUGGAGGGAAAAAUGCACCAUAUGUUUGGGUCCAUUUCCCUGGACGAAGCUCAUGGGAUGUUUUCAACGAGAUACUUGAGAAGACCCAUGUGGUUACAACCCCUGGCAGCGGUUUUGGACCUGGUGGCGAAGGUUUUGUUCGUGUAAGCGCAUUUGGUCACCGGGAAAAUAUUUUGGAGGCCUGCAGAAGAUUCAAGGAGCUAUACAGUUGAACUUAAAUUAUCUCACUGGUUUCAAGCUGUAACUUCUUGGACUGAGGAAGACUGGCCUCAACUUAGCUCUUGAAAUAAUAUAUUCUGAUGUGCUAUAUAUGGUUAUAUAUAAAAGAAGUUGAUCCUCAUUCUGUUCAUUUCCAUCGCUCUAUUCUAUUUUCAUUCAUGAAAUGGCCCCCAUGGCUCGGAGGGAAGGUUGCAGACGAUCAAGUGUCUGACACUAAUGUGUAGGUCUUGUUUAGGGACACUAAAAAGGUUGCAUUGGACAUAAAUUGCUCCUCAUAUCUUCCGAAGACAUCUCAAUUGAAUCAAUGCUUUUACCAUGACGAACAAGUUGUGUGUGUAUUUUUGUUUGUUUGUGCAUGUGCGUGUAUGAAAGCACAUCUGUGCAAACGGGCGUGUAUUAAAUGACACUAAUCACCUCCAUUCUAUCUUAAAUGUAAAAUUGCAAGUUUAACCUCUCAUGGGUAAUAGGCGUUUGAGCUCCUGGUGGCCAAAAAAAGAAAAAAAGAAAAAGAAAAGUUCAAAACAUA